UCCAUUUCCCGCUAUUUAUUGCGUACGACGAACAUUAGAAAAAACCUGUUAUUUAAGAUUCCCGUUUUUUCAGAGAAUCGUGAAUUGAGGUAACAUGGUUUUCUUUCGAAGCGUUUCUGCGCUUUCCAAGCUCCGUUCUCGUCUCGUUCAGCAACCUAGUUUUUUAAAUGGAUCCGUCCGAUGGCUGCAAAUGCAAAGUUCUUCGGAGCUUGAUCUUCAUUCACAAUUGAAGGAUCUGAUUCCAGAACAACAGGAGCGUCUUAAGAAACUGAAAUCAGAACAUGGGAAGGUUCAGCUUGGGAACAUUACUGUUGAUAUGGUAGUUGGUGGGAUGAGAGGAAUGACAGGCUUGCUAUGGGAAACCUCAUUACUUGAUCCAGAUGAGGGAAUUCGUUUUAGGGGUCUCUCAAUUCCUGAAUGCCAGAAGGUACUACCAACUGCAAACCCCGGGGGAGAACCGUUGCCUGAGGGCCUGCUAUGGCUGCUUCUGACUGGGAAGUUACCGAGCAAAGAGCAAGUCAAUGCACUGUCCAAAGAAUUGCAAAAUCGUGCGACUGUUCCAGAUCAUGUCUAUAAAGCCAUCAAUGCUCUACCUGUAACAGCUCAUCCUAUGACGCAAUUUGCAACAGGCAUUAUGGCACUUCAGGUGCAAAGUGAAUUUCAGAAGGCAUAUGAGAAGGGGAUUCAUAAAUCAAAGUUUUGGGAGCCCACAUAUGAGGACUCCCUCAAUUUAAUUGCUCAAGUCCCAGUUGUGGCUUCUUUUGUUUAUCGAAGGGCCUAUAAGGAUGGACAAAUUAUACCUGCAGAUGAUUCUCUAGAUUACGGUGGAAACUUCUCUCACAUGCUUGGAUUUGAUAGUCCCAAAAUGCAGGAGCUUAUGCGACUGUAUGUCACUAUCCACAGUGACCAUGAAGGUGGCAACGUUAGUGCUCAUACUGCCCAUCUGGUUGCUAGUGCCCUUUCAGAUCCCUACCUCUCGUUUGCAGCUGCUCUAAAUGGUUUAGCUGGGCCACUCCAUGGCUUGGCCAAUCAGGAAGUCUUAUUAUGGAUCAAAUCUGUAGUGGAGGAGUGUGGGGAUAACAUAACGACUGAAGAGUUGAAGGAAUAUGUCUGGAAAACAUUAAAUAGCGGCAAGGUUGUUCCUGGAUUUGGGCAUGGAGUUUUGCGUAAAACAGAUCCGAGAUACACUUGCCAGAGGGAGUUUGCAUUGAAGCACUUGCCUGAUGACCCGCUUUUCCAGCUGGUCUCAAAGCUUUAUGAAGUUGUUCCUCCAAUACUUACUGAGCUAGGCAAGGUAAAAAAUCCAUGGCCUAAUGUCGAUGCUCAUAGCGGGGUGUUGCUGAACCAUUUUGGUUUAACAGAGGCAAGAUACUUCACUGUUCUGUUUGGCGUAUCAAGAAGCAUAGGAAUAUGCUCCCAGCUAAUAUGGGACCGUGCUCUUGGCUUGGCGCUUGAAAGGCCAAAAAGUGUGACAAUGGACUGGCUUGACAGUUACUGCAAGAAGGCGGCUUGAGGCCGAAAGCAAAGCAACUGAAGCUGAAUCAUUGUAUUGAUUUUCCCAAGCAAUAAUAGCGAGAAGAGAGGACACGUUGGAAGUGGGCCAUGUUGGUGUGCUUUGGCCUGUAAGAUGGUCCGACCUCAUUCUUUUUUAGUGUUUCUUCUCAGAUUUUGAAAGGCUUCUAUUGUGAUUGUUAUUUGAAUUGGUCAUACCAAACUGAUAUAUUGCUGACGGGCCAGGGGAGCUUCAAAGCUAAUACAAUUUAUUUAUUUUGUGGUCAUUGAAAUAAAAGAAAAACAGCAAAAAAAUCAACGGAAGGUUGCUA